GCGGUGGGAGCGAGUGCUGAGUCACUAAUAUGCAGUGAGGCACAGGAGGCGGCGGCUGCUCUGGAGUAUGCCGGCCUGACGUUUGCUGUACACUCUGAUACAAGGCUUUGUGUCUGGGAGCUCCCUCAGGCUCCUGGUGUUGUUACAAGUGAUUCUCCGGGCCUUGAGCGCCGCCUGCAGGCCCGGAUGUAAAGCACAGCCAGGGGCAGUGGACCCCACGUGCAGUCAUCACCAAUGAAAUAAACCUUUAGCUUCUUAAAGAACAACAUUUGGCGAAAUCUGGAUUGUCUUGUUGUGUCUAUGGGGAGUGUGUAUCAUUUCAGAUGAACAGAAUUCGCAUCCACGUCCUGCCCAGCCGAGGCCGCCUGACCCCUGUGCCGAGGACCCUCGAAGCCUUGUCCUGUGCCUACGCUCACAGGCCAUGCUCUCAGCCUCGCCUUGAAGGCUACGAGUUCUGCAUCAAGCACAUCCUAGAAGAUAGAAACGCCCCGUACAAGCAGUGCAGCUAUGUCUCCAGCAAGAACAGCCGACGCUGCAGCAGUGCCGCUCCUAAGCCUGACAAAAAGGAUGGUGUUUCUUUCUGUGCUGAGCAUUCCCGUAGAAAUGCCCUAGCUCUCCAGGCUCAAAUGAAGAAAUCAAACACAGGACCAACCAGUGAGUCUUUGUUAUACCAGUUAAGCUCGUAUGCCCGAGGAGAUCUGGGUACCCAGACCCAAGAAAGCAGCAGAAGUGAAUCCAGUUGCAUCCUGGAUGAGGACAGCUGCAGUGACAGCGACCAUGAGGCGGUGACAGUAGAUCAGACCUGGAUGGGAGAUCUUGAUAGUGAAGCAGACAGUCUGGACAGUGAUCAGGAGGAUCCUCUGAAACAUGCAGGAGUGUACACUGCUGAAGAAGUGACUCUUAUAAUGCGAGAGAAGCUCAUUCGGCUCCAAUCUCUAUACAUUGAUCAGUUCAAGAGACUACAGCACUUGCUAAAGGAAAAGAAAAGAAACUACUUGCACAGUGUAAAGACUGAGCAUGAAACCAUUGGGAGUAGCCUUCUCACUGGACCAGAGGGACUCUCUUCUAAAGAGCGUGACAACCUGAAGAAACUGAAAGCAUUGCGUCGCUAUAGAAAACGAUAUGGAGUGGAGGCUCUCUUACAUCGGCAGCUGAAAGAACGUCGUAUGUUGGCCACAGAGGGAGCGUCCCAACAGGCCCACACCACAAGAUCCAGUCAGCGAUGCCUUUCCUUUGUUGAAGACGUACGCUGCUCUAAUCCAAGCCUUCCUAUGAGCAGACACUGCUUAUCACAUAUUUGUCAAGACAGUAACCAAGUUCUCUUCAAGAUGUGUGCAGGCUCUGAAGAAGUUCCUUGCAAUAAAGCUCUUCCUGGGAGCCUAUCUGAAGAGCCCUGCUGCCCUCUUCAUCACAGUUUACCUUCACCAAUGUACAAGUCUGAGCCAGUGCUGCCUGUGUCAGAACCGAUGGAUGUGGCUCCCAUGGAGCUAUAUUUGAGCACGGCUGAGCUACAGCCUACUGAGAGCUUGCCCCUUGAGUUCAGUGAUGACCUCGACGUAGUAGGAGAUGGAAUGCAGUGUCCGCCGUCUCCUCUCCUUUUUGAUCCUUCUGCGGACAUGGCUUUGAAUGAUGUUUCAAAAACGCCAUUCGACAUACUUGCAGAAGACACUGAACAGACCACUCCAAGGGACACCCUUUUGACAGCGGACUCCUUGGUGGGAUCUGCAGGACAGAGUCAAAUCCAGUCAUCAGGAACCUCUCCACAAGUCGCUGAACCAAUUAGUGAUGAUGCAGUGGCGCCAGCACAGUCGAAAGCCAAUGGAAAUGCAGAUGGUUCUGCUUCAAACUGAAUUUUGCUGUAGAAGGUUAAAGGGGUUGUACCUUCUGGACAUUUAGGAUAUAGCGCCUUUCUUCAUUCAUUGCUGUGGAGAGGUGGCUGUGUAUGCCAGAAGUGUCCAGAUAGGAUGACCCCUUUAUUGUUAUUUUAUUUACUUGAUUACUUUUCACUCGCUUUAACUUAAAGACAAAAUCUG